AUGUCCAAGUUAUUCAGCGUUGACGAAGUUGCUAAGCAUGCGUCCAAGGCAAAUCUAUACAUGAUCAUUCAUAAAAAGGUUUACGAUGUUUCGACUUUUAUAGAAAAGCAUCCCGGCGGAGAAGAGAUUUUAACUGAUGUUGGUGGCCGCGACGCCACGGAGGAAUAUGAUGAUGCUGGCCAUUCAGAGAAGGCGGACCGACUUCUUAAAAAGCUUUAUAUAGGGGAAGUUGACUACUCAGCCGCCUCACAACUUGUGGAAAGGCCACUGAAGAGAGAUUCUGAGAGGAGCGGAUACGUCACUAGCACACGCAGCUUGGGUUUCAUUUUGGCAUUCCUCGCCGCAGCGUUGGCAUUAGUUUCCCUUGUUACUAUUCAGUCUUUCGCUGCUACAUGGAAAAUAUUAGACAUGGUUCACUACUACGAAUCUCUUCCCGAUGAUCUCAGAGAAUGGGCAUUGCAGCAGAAAGUUUUCUUUACAGCAUCGGCUCCCCUCAGAGGUCGUCACGUCAAUGUUUCCCCGAAAGGCCUCUUAGAUGCGACUUUUCACAUCUUUGAUCCCAACCACGCGGCAUACAUGGACUCUGCCGGCACAGGGAUCGAGACGAUUUCCCAUGUAUAUGAGAACAAGAGAAUUACCCUUAUGUUUUGUAGUCUGGAUGAAAAGCCUCGAAUAAUGCGACUCUUUUGUACUGGUACUGUUAUCGAACGAACGGAUCCGAAAUUCCCAGGCGUCAUUGAAUCCAUGGGCAAGAAGGGAUUUCCUGGAAUAAGAGCAGUCAUCAUGCUUGACAUACUGAAAGUUCAAACCUCUUGCGGCUACGGCGUGCCUCUCCUCGAGCGCGUCAACCACUCAGAGCACUUGGGAGAACGAUCGGAAAAUUGCAAAUGCUACAAAGACCGACCGACUUUAGAAAAGAUGCUGGGCACAAUUGUGAAGAAGGGCAAGCUGGACCCAUUUCUGCAGGAAUCAAAUGCUCGAAGCAUAGACGGCUUGCUGGGUUUGCGUGAAGCAAGAAAAAUGAGAGGGGAAUGGUUAUUCGUUUACGAUAUUGGUGCAUGGAUACGCCGACAGCUUCUCCAAGGCCCUGCUAUCACUUUGGUGUCUUGA